UUAAAAAUAUUUUAUAAAAUGGCCCGCUUUCAAUUAGUUACUCUUUUGUUGUUAUUUUCUCUCUUUAUUCAAACCUUUGGGUUCUUCAAUUGGCGUCCAUUUGGAGGCUUUGGACAUCAUAAAAUGCAUCAUUCAUCGAGCUCAUCCUCGGAAGAGCAUCGUGGACAUGGUCAUCACCACCGUCACCAUCACCAUACAACACGUCCCAAAACUACAAAAACGUCAACAAUAACCCCCACAACCCCAUCAACGAUUUCCUCUUCCUCUUCAAUUGUAUCAUCAAAACCAACAACCCAAACUCCGUCAUUUUCGACGAAUUUACCAUCUUCAACAAUAUAA